AUGACUGCCUUUGCAGCUACACUUACUGCAGCAACGACAACAAUUGCAAUCGAAGAAUAUUGCAAUAAUAUAAUAUUUAAAUCACCUUUGAGGUUCGGGAACUAUAAAAGAAAGAAGAUAAUAAAUGAGAUUAUUAGAGCAGGUAAUAAUGAGUGUGUAGCACAACUCCAAAUGAACAAGACCAUAUUCUUCAACCUAUGCUUAGUUAUCAGAGAUAGAAAUCUCCUUCCAGACGGCAAACAUAUAUCUAUGGAGGAACAACUUGUCAUUUUCCUUCAUACAGUUGGGCAUAAUGUUAGAAACCGUGUCAUCGGGCAUCGGUUUAUAAGAUCUGGUGAAACAGUAAGCCGAUAUUUAAGUAAAGCGGUGGAUGCCAUUGUCGGAUUAUAUCCAGAGUUUGUGAAACUCCCAGAUCCGGAAAUACCAGUCGAGAUCCUAGCCAAUCCCAAUUGGAGUGAUUACUUUCAGGAUUGUAUCGGUGCAAUUGAUGAGACUCAUAUACCCGCCUACGUACUGGCAUUGGAAAGUGCAACAUACCGUAACAAGAAAGGGGUACUCUCUCAGAACGUAAUGGGUGCAUAUACAUUUAACAUGAAGUUUGUAUAUGUACUUGCCAGAUGGGAGGGAUCAGCCUUUGAUGCACGCGUCUUGCAAAAUGCUUUGACACAUUCCAUCGAUCGCUUUACUAUCCCCACGGGGAAGUAUUACGUAGUUAAUACUGGUUACGCUCAUUCUCCUGGAUUUAUAGCUCCUUACCGUGGUGUAGAGUACCACCUCAAUGAAUAUCGCACCGGUUGCAAUCCUUCCAACAAGAAAGAACUAUUCAACUAUCGGUAUGCUCAACUACGAAAUGUUAUAGAGAGAAUAUUUAAAAUUAUCAAAGUUAAUAGUGACGACGAAAUGGAUCCGAAUAGGCAGGACAACCGGACUACACCAACGAAACAACCUGGGCAAGGCCGGUGCAUCACACCACGAAGGACACCACGCAAAUACAAAUCAAAAUCGCUUGAUAAAAAGGCUAUAUCUGGUGGUGUAAUGCGUUGGACAGAUGAAAUGGAUGACUUUCUCAUCGAUACGUUGAUGGAUAUGGUUGCAAACUACUGGAAGAGUGCCAACGAAUUCAAAAAGGAGACGUAUAAAACAGUCGUCGAAACAAUGAAAAGUGCACUAGGGAUAUCAGUUCAGGAGAAGCAUGUUGGUAAUCGACUCAGGACACUGAAGAGAUUGUAUUUUGAGGUUCGAGACACCCUAAAUGCCAGUGGGUUUGGUUGGGACGAUGGGAUGAUGUCUGGAAUGAUUACAUACAGGUGA